AUGGCCAACGAGGUCGCAGCCUCCUCCAGCAGCAGCGCCGACGACGCUGCGCUCCUGCACAAGAAGGCCAAGAAGCGCAUGUACGACCGGCGCCAGCAGAUGAAGAAGCGCGCCGAGCUCAGCCGGCUCCAAGCGCUCGUGACCGACCUCGAGGGCCAGUCCGAGAAGCUCCAGUACCUUCGGAAGGGCCUCCUGCCGUGGAAGGACGUGGCGAUCGCACUCAGCCGCGAGUCGAUGCUCGCGAUCGACGCCAACGUGAGCCUCAAGCAGAACAUCUGCCACUACGAGCGGCUCGCGGCCCACCUCUCGAAAUGGGUCUAUGACAUGACGGCCAUCAGCCGCGCACCGCCGUCGCUCGCGAUUGUGUGUCGCCAGACAUCGCUGCCCAUGCGCGAUGCGUCCCGCCACUUGGGCUUCGACUGGAUCACGCGGCAGCUCUUUUACAAUAUGCCCCGCUUCCUCGACGAGAGCAAGCUACCGGUCUCGCUCGAGCCGUACUUCUCGGUGGACAUUGCGCCUGUCGACGACACGUACCUCUUGACGAGCUACCACCAGCGCGUCGAGGACGUCACGCUACAAGAGAUGCGUGCGUACCUGCUCUCGUCCGUGCUGCACAUGCCCGGCUACGACCUGACGCUCGACGAGACCGACCACGAUAUGGUCUAUCGACGCUACCAGGUGCCAUACUGCAGCGGCCAAGCCCACUACUACGAAAACACACUCAUGCGCGAAUUCGUCGAAGAGAACCGUGUGACCAUGGUCGUCCAGACGGUCUCGGAAGAUGAAAAGUACCCCAAUCAAGACGUCCGGCGCGACUGGCUGCAAUGGUGCUACCCUAAUUCAAGUCGCGUGUUAUCUGACAGAAAAGGCGGUAGGGUCGUGGCCGAGCGCGUGAGUCCAACGCAAACCGUCAUGAAGCUCGGGACGGUCGCCACCGGCAUGCGCGAUGGCAACGGCUUCUUGCCCGUCGAGACUAUUUCGACAUUCCGGAACGAGCUCAUUGGCAUCUCGGACCCGAUCUUACGCGACGAUGUGUACCGCCGCUGCGUGCGUGAGCACGUGCACCGCAGCCACGCAGCCGACGUGGCCGAGUUCCAAGCCUUUCUGCGGCAGCACCGCUGUCGGUCGUUGCAGUAG